GUUUCAGUUCACAUAGGUAAUCUGGUUGUGGUCACGAUUUGGCAGUAACAGACGUUUAACAUCUCAUGAUGGCUUUGAGCCUCUUCUGUUUCACCUUGUAUGCAUACUUUAUGGUUUCGUUUAGCCCCAUGUUGGGUUCUACUGACUAUCAAUCGAUAAUACCUGCUGAACGAAUCUGUAAACCAGGUCCACAGCUGAAGGCAUCACUCGACAAGACGAACUGCCUUGUUAUCGGUGAUUCUAUAAGCAUCGGGUAAGCGUCAAUGAGUAUGUUUCUUUUUCAAUUAUUUGAGUGCCGUUUUGCAUUCAGUGCAACCCGUUUUACAAUGAUGUUAAGGGAACUAGCCAAAAUGUGCAGAAAGAGAAACGCUGUGGACAGUUUUCACUGAUUCAAAUUACAGAGAGCAUACAUAUUUUAAGCAACAUGAUGUCUGUUUUUCAGUUUCUCUUCCAACACAGGCGACCCAAGCUCCAGCUGUGAGAUGAUUAUCUUGCGAAAUAAGAGUCAUGGCGAUAAGAGUUUUUAUGAGAAUAUUUACGACCGCUCUUAGGAAUAAAAAAAUACAGUCAAAUUCUCAAUAAAAAUACCUCACUUUACUUUCACAGUGCAUUGCUUGUUAUCUGACCGCUUGCUAUGUUAAAGAGAACCCAUUUUUAGCGAGUUAUCCAUUUCUAGGUUUACUACAUAGGAGAAGCUUCUUCUUAUAAUUUCGCCAUGACGCUUAUUUUGCAAGAUGAUCAUCUCACCUGCAGCUGGAGCUUGCGCCGCCUGUGCUUCCAUAAGUUAAUUGUUGACUGUCUUAUGAUAUGUUCAACUGAUCUACCAAAGACAUCACCAUGAUCUUUUAGUAGAUCCUGAUGUUGUUCUUAAAUUGUGAUGAAGGAAUCGUAAAAAUUAUUCGUAACUUAACUUUGUCCUGACGACUUCUAGUUCUUAUUACCAAAAAUUGGACCAUAUUGUCUAGAAAAAUUCUAAUUUCCUGUUAUGUGUGAUUAAUUUUAAUGUGUGUUCACCUUUGGGUAAAUUUCUAGCUCGCUGCCUCAUAUAUUUCAGUAGCUGGCUUCGCCAACCCUUUGUAAUGUCCGGCUUCAUUAACAACAUCGAACUCGUAACAGUUUGCAUUAUGACUUAGCAGGAUUGACAAUGUAUGGAAGUUUGUGAAACAGGAGGAAUUCUGGUAUUCUGGUGAAAAAUACUAUGAAUGCUUGACACAAGAGUGUAACUUUUGGCUUGCCCUGACACAUCUGAACAUCGGCGAUGAUCACAAAUUGUGCGUGACUGCACUUAAGUUCAGUAACCACACGUCUACUUAACCCUUAAAAUCCCAGAAGUGAUUAACAUCACUAAAAUAUCAAUACAUUAUUCAGCAAAAAGAUGAUGAGAACACUCAGACUUAUCACUUAUUAACAUUUCCUUUGCUACAUUUGUUCUUAAUUCGAUAACUUCUUAAAUUAUUCUUUAUUUUGAUUGUUUGACAUUUUUUGUUUCGUUGCGCCCAAAUGUUGAGCAAUCCUUUUGUUUGCCUGCAACCGUUUGUUUAAACUCGAAAGGUCAAAUCUGAUGACAGGAGAAUCAGCAAACUUUAAUCUUUUUUAAGUUCUUGCGUAAUUUGAUGAGAGGAAUUUAUAUAAAUUUAAAAAAUAUAAGAAAAUAGAAAAUUAUAGUCAUUUUAAGAUUAAUUUGUAAGCUCCUAUCUCUCUUGCUACGGUAUAACCUCCUUCCCAAGCUUUCAGUCAUCUGAAGUUUAAGGCCUGUUUACAUGAAGAGGGUUACCCCACGUAACCCGCCUAGGUGGGGUAACCCGCCCAUCUUUAAAAUCUCUUGUUUUAUCUCAAUCACGUUUACGUGAUAAGUGGGGUGAGCAUUUGUCAUGUAAAUGUCUCAAGGUGGGGUAACCCGCCUAGCUGGGCUGGCGUUCAUAUUACAAAAAUAGCAAAAUACGAGUGUGUUAAAACUUUGUACAUUUGCUAGCCGUCUCAUACAGAGCUUAAACGUUAAACAAACCAAUUUUUACGUCCUCUCAAUAAUGAAACCUCGACAGCGUUUUAGUCACGUCACGUUUGUACUUUGAACUGAACACUACACUCAUAUGUUGUGCCGAAGUUGAGACGUUAUACCGUCAGAAACGGUUAACGCAUCGGGCUAUAGGCGAAAAUCUUAGAAGAAAAUAAAUUACGUUUUUUCGGCAACGUUUUACCACACGUCGCCGUGGUGGCAUCUUAAUCUCCUUAACUACAAAUGUGAUAACAACCUCGAGAAACUUUACAUCUCGGGAUUGUAAGAUUGUAUGAAAACGCGGGCUAUUUUUCGACCACGUCUGGGCAUAAACAGGCGUAAACAGGCUCUUGCUUAAAAAAACUAAUUGAUGUCGGAGGUAAACAAAAGAUAAUGCACAGUUUUUGAAUCAGGGGCUGUUUUACCUGGGAAACAAUGGGGUGAUAGCUCUUACGGCUGACGGUUAAGACUAAUUUUGGCCAUUUUACGGCUAACAGUUAAUUUCUUUCCAUUUUAAUUAAAAGAAAAAGUUUUCUCAGUUAACUUUUUUACGAUUAAGGGUUAAAAUUUAUCAAUUUUUACGCUUAAAGGCUAAAGCCGUAGUACGGCUGACGGUUAACCCCAUUGAGGACCUCAUCUUCAACCGGAAAUCUAUUGGAGACUCUUCCUGUCUCGCCUACUUUGAGAGUGAUCCAAAUUAAUGUUAAGGUAUAUAGGACCUCAAGAACGCUUCCGACUUUAUCCUGUAUGUGUGCCUUACGGCUAUCAUCAGCCUUUUGGUGAAUUCUGUUGGCUGUUAGUCAAUAAUAUCUCCCGAAAGAAUCUGUAAACCAGGUGCGGCGCCAAAAAUAGCGUUUAGAUAGGAAACUGCCUUGGUGCCUCUUCAAGCAUUGAGAAAGCUAUCCGGAAGUGUAAAAUGACCGUCCUCUAGGAAAUUCCUUGCUCUUCGCUGUAAUAGAAGAUUUAAUUACUCGAAAUCUAAGAAUGGUUCAGAAAAUUACGUCUCUCCGGUUACGGUUUUCACCCUGGACUUUUUACCACAGAGGUCCCAAACGCGAACGAAACGCGGAAGGAAAGAAGUGAGUAAGCAAAGGACAGGAAGAAUCUUGCUGCUGUUUUCCCUUUUUAGGCAGGAAAAGAAGGAGGCGUUUCGUUGAGAGGGAUUAGUGAACCGAUAUCCUACCAUUAGCUAAUGUCACCUACUGUCUUCUUGUUUAUAACCAUUUGCCUUUUUUUGCCACUUCGGGUGACCCUUUGUUUCCUUCUUUCAUCUAUUAGUUACACACCAUACGUCGCUAAAAUUUAAUCAAUUUUGAGAGGCUCUUCUUUCCUUUUUUCCAUCUUUUAGUUACACGCCAUGGGUUAUUAAAAUGUUAGGUGAUAACUAUCAAGUUCAGCACGCUCCUUGGGAUGUUACCGACGGAGGAGCCCUGGACUCCAAAUAUGGCUUGCAGUGUCUAGACAUGUUUCUGCAGACUUCCAUGUUGGAACCAACAACAUAUGACGUUAUCAUCUUCAAUUUUGGUAUGCAUGACAUAAACUUCAGCGGUAAAUAUCCAGAGGAAUACGUCGAACCAGAUGAAUAUACUGAAAAUCUACGUUCUAUAGCCUCCAUACUGUUAUCAACUGGCGCGAAAGUUGGAUUCGUUCUCACAACACCUGUUCCCUUCAGUGUCACACUCAACAACCGAGUUAAACAAUACAACCGCUUAGCGGAUGCUGUUAUGAAAACAUUUCCAACAGUAGUGACCGCUGACCUGUAUACCUGGGUCACAGACGCCUGUGGAGAGCCACCUUACGAAAGCUGCAUCAUUGCUGCAGAACAGCCGAGCCCGCACUACACACAACCAGGAUAUGAGUAUUUAAGUAUAAGGGUCAAAGAUUUGAUUUUGGAUCUUGUUCGAGGGAUUGAUCAAAACGCCCACCAUUUUCGCCCGCAGGUACAGUAUAUUGAUCAAGCAUGAGGUCAAGAUGGCUGGAUAUUGGCCGAGUUCUUUUCUUUGUUUGACUUUUUAUGGACCAAGACGAAGUCGCGGUCGGUAAAACGGAAAAAGGGAAUAAUCCAGUCACCUUGAUUUGACAAGUUUUGUCAAUAAGAUUGAUUAAAUUCCAAAAAAAUCAUCGCUUUAUUACGAACCAUGAUUUGCUUAUUUCGAGAGACAGGAGAGAAAGCCAAUUGUUUGUAGCACAUUAAACCCACGGGAGUCGUUUAUGUUUUCUUUGUUUUGACUGUGCUCUGUCAGCUUUUGACUCUACCGUCGACAUACUCAAAAAAUUACAAACUUUGUGUGCCCACUCCAGGUAAUUUUUUUGCGCAGGAUCAAAGCGGGUAAUCCCGCCUAUCAUACCCGCUCGGGUAUCCAAUUAGAGCACAGGAUUCGCUUCAUAUUGCCCUCCGGCACUGCCCGCGAUGUAAUAAUAUUCCUUCUUGGUUAUGGUCAUUCGUUAUAAUACAUCGUUCAGGAGUAAAUUGUAAUCAACAUUCAAAGGAACAACUUUGUUAAUCAUUUAAGUUCUGUAACGUUUAAGUCAAAUUGUGCCAAUUGUUGAUAUUUUACAGGACGUUUUGUCGUCUUGUCGCGACCAUAGGACAAAUGAAAGAUUAAGCAUUGCUAAUUGCGUAUAACCGUCAGCCUACAUGACCCAUCUUAAUCUAAACCCCACACCAGCCAAGAUAUCGUUUCCAUUGGACAUUAUUUUGCAAAAGGUACUAUAUUAAUCAUUGCUUCUCUUUUUCAGCAAACAGCGAGAGGAAAUCCUGUUACUUGCGAGGACAAGUCUGGUAAAGUGGUGACAGUGUGUCCUUAUAAUAGCACGUGUUGUGAUUCACUGUUCUCUGUAACAGGAAAGGGCUGUUGCUUGCACAACCCAGAGGCCAUCCCGUGUAAUGACGGGAAGCACUGUUGUCCCGCAGGUUAUGAGUGCGAAUCCAGCUGCUCAGUUCACAGGUGUUCCUGUGUAAAGGCGCAAAUUAUUUACAUCAAAUGAACGCUGGUGCUUUACAAAUCUCAUUUUUGAGGGGUCGUUCAUUCUUUCCUCUCGUUUUAAAAUGAAGCAAACGUGAACAGUUGCCACCUCGAAUAAUUUCCAUAAAAAAUGAAUCAAAUCCGAAAAAAAUUGUCAAUCGAAGCUUAAAUGGAUAGAUUCGCUCGGAAAUAAAAUUACGAGCGGCACGGUUGAUUGGAUGUGGUUGUUUUUUGUAACAGAUCAAACACAUUACUGAU